GUCAAAUAAGUCGCUCUUACCUGAUCAGCAAAAUGACGUCGUCAGUCCUUGCUUGUUUCUGCUUUGCAAGGUUGCCAGGAGAUCUUCCCGUCGGCGCGCUUAGACCUUCGUGACGACCUUUCAAGUAUCCUCAUCCGUCUUACAUAUGAGUCUCGCUUUGUUCUCGUUGGCAAAUAUUAUCUUUGAAGAACUGUAGUCUCGUUCACCGUUAUCAAGAUCAUCAUUAACCCUCAGCUUGUUGACCUACUCCACGCUUCGCAAUGACUGGACGACGUUCUGCGCGCGCGGAUGCGAAAGCGCCUGUUAAGUACACCUCGGAUUCAGACGACUCAAACUUCGGCGCGAAAAAACGAAGAAGUCAACCAAGAAGGCCGAUGAGCCCACUCCUAAGAAGGGAACUAAGCGUUCUCAAUCGCCUAAUGGCGAAGCCGAGAAAACACCCAAGCGUCGCAAGAGGUUACCUGAGACCCUUGCACCUGAGCAUGCAGAAAGGAGCAAUUCUGUUAUAACUACCCCAACAACAAUUUAAAUUCAUAGAUUAUCUCGGACUGCGAUCUUUCAGACCCAAUAUCUACUAUUACCUUUAGUUUUUAGCGUCAGCUGUCUUGCUUACUAUAUAAUACCACAAUCUCCAGUGAGCACGUAGAGCAGUACCAUCUCGGACUAUCUCGGGCAAGAUUGCAGUAUAU